CUAACUGAUGUAAAUAAAAAAUAAAAUAAAUUUUCAAGUCUAGAUUUUCGAAUAUUUUCAUCACCAUCACCAAGCUGGAAGUAAGCGAUGUCGAUAAAUCCAAUCUUAAUCACAAGCAAUCACAUAACAGGCGUUUUACAUGGACAAACUAAAACCAUUUUGAAACCUUCUUGUCAAUACUAUUAUCGUAUGAUGUUGAUCAUAUUUUCUAUUGCAUUAGAGAUUAUGAUUAUUAUCAUUUUUAUUCAUACAUUUAGCAUCUUAAUAAAAAAGAAUUUCUAUCCAGAAGAAGUAUUCGAUAUUGUGGAAAUAAUAUUCUGUCUUAUUGAUUUUAUCUAUAUUUGUUAUGGAAUAUAUCUAUUAUUAAAACAGGAUUAUCAUCAUCAAUAUAUACAAUGUUAUGGAUUAUCAACUAUUGCAUUGAUUUUUAUACGGAUAAUAAUAUGGUUAAUACUUAAACAAUCAAUAGAUUUUGAUAUUGGUUUACAAAUCAUUUAUGCUGGUAUGACAAUUAUUUAUGGAUAUUAUAUUCGACAAGAAAUUAUUUAA